AUGUUCGGCGUGGUUAUUUCCGGACGACCCGUCCUCACCGAACCGCAAAUCAUAUCACAGACUCAAUUCGCCUUCGCCAUACCGUCCACUCCGCCCUUCUCACACAUAGUCGUGUUUUUGCUACCGGGCACAUCAUUACCCAACGGCACGGGAGCCGCCGUAUAUGCCCAGCUGCCAGGGUCGACCGAGUUCACAUUCCUCGGCGCGAUAGCGAACGAUAAACCAUCGGCAAUAUUCAAGGUCAAUAAGCAAGCUGGGGGUCCUGCUGGCGGAGGAAUGGGAGGCGAUGAGGAUGCAAUGGUCGAUGAAGGGGUCGCUACUCCCGUGACAGGUGCUGUUCCAAGUCUUACCCUGGGGAUAUCCGUGGAACCCGCAGCACAAAUUCUUGCCAAUCUGGAGCAGAAGAAUGCACAGACGGCGGCGUCAAGUAUACCAGUGACAGGUUUGGAGCUGGUCAAACGGGGACAAGCUACCAUGACGACGAAGGUGCUGGCGCAGCGGAUAAUCAAGAAUUGUUACGAUUUCCUUACCAGUUGGGGUACUGGCGAUACUAUCCCGUUGAAGGCGUUCCAGGCUUGGUGGGAUAAGUUCGAGUCGAAGCUGGAACGGGAUCCCGGUUUCCUGGAACGGAGUGACGGAGGCUAG